AUGGCCAUAAAGAGUGGCAGCCAAUUGCUACUCCCUUGUCCUGGUCUAGCUGAAGCCUUAGCAAGAUUAGAGUCCAAGCUGGGGAGCAAUUCUAGUUGUACAAAAUUAUUUGACAAAUGCGGCAACCAAAUCGGUGCCAAGUUCUGGGAAGUAGUAUGCGUCGAACACAGUAUCGAUUCCAUUGAUCGGUACCAAGGGGACUCAGAUCUGCAACUGGAGCGGGUCAAUGUCUACUACAACGAGGCUAGCUGCGGUCGAUUUGUUCCCCGUGCCAUGCUCAUGGAUCUUGAACCUGGUGUUAUGGACAACAUCAGAUCUUCUGGCCGGAUAACUUUGUCUUUGGACAGUCCAGUGCUGGAAACAACUAGGCUCAAGGGCAUUAUACUGAGGGUGCUGAGCUCAUUGAUUCGGUUCUUGAUGUUGUGA